AUGUUUUCCGGUGAUCUUGAGGUCGUCCAACGCGAGCUACAUGAGCAGUAUGGCCCUCUUAUACGCAUCGCUCCAAACGAAGUCAGCUCCAGCGAUCCAGACACGCUACCAGUCAUCUACACUGCUCAGAAACCUUUGACCAAGACGGACUGGUAUGUUUCUUUCCGCCCACGAGGUAUCAGCGAGCACGCAGACCUCUUCACCGAGACAGACGAAGAGAAGCACACCAGGUAUCGUCGGAUUGUUCAGCCUGCCUAUCAAAUGGUCAGCAUUCUGAAGCAUCAAGCACCGACCUACAUGCGCAGCAUCAUCAUGCUGGCAGCCAUGUGUGUUCCUAGCAAUUUGAAGCAGUUCAAAGGCGUACAAGCUACCGUGGUGGAAGCUAAACGCCAGACACAACUUCGACUACAACGCUCGGCAGAAGCGGACGAUCAGAGUCAAGACAUCCUUUCUCAGCUCCUACGCAAAGUGGGGAAGAAAGAUAGUGAAGCUUGGUUCACACACAAAGAAGUCACAUUGGAGUCUUGGGCUGGCAUCAUGGCCGGCGCUGAUUCUGUCGCUGUCAACUUAAGGGCGGUUUUAUACUACCUUAUGAGGACACCCGACGCCAUGUCUAAAGCGACCCAGGAGCUACAGACCCGGCAACACCUCCUCAGCACACCUGUCAGCUUCGAAGAAUCAACCAAGCACCUACCGUAUAUCAGCGCGUGCAUUAAAGAAGCCUCUCGCCUUUUUCCAAGUACCGGAUUCAACAUGAGUCGUAUAGCUCCUGCACAGGGUGUUACCCUGUCUGGCGUCUACAUUCCAGCUGGAUACCACGUCGGUAUCAAUCCGCAGAUAGUACAAUACGAUAAGAAGCUCUUCGGCGAAGACGCUUUGGAGUUUCGACCAGAGCGCUGGCUAGAGAGCGAGGCCAGAAAAUUUGAGAUGGAAAGGGGGAUGCUACUGUUCGGUGUGGGAAAGAGGACAUGUAUCGGGAAGAACGUUGCCUUGGCGGAAGUUCACAAACUCGUUCCAGAGCUCCUCCGCUGUUUCGACAUGCAUAUGGCUCAUGAUCGUCCCUGGAAGACGUUCAAUGCUGGGUUUGUGAGGCAGAGGGAUGUCAUAGUCAGGAUUGCUGUACGUUAG